ACCAUGCUGUCGUCUUCGUAUCUGUAUGGCCUGCGAUCUACUGCUACUGCUCGUACCGGUAGCAUCGUCUCUGGUGUAGUUUCUCGUCGGCUUGGUGGCAAAUCUAAAUGUCAACGGUUUUCCAGCUCUUCCAAGGGAGGCACGGAUGCUCUGUCCUUGCGACAACAAGCCCACGAAGCCCGCCAGCAACGGGCAAAUCAGAUGCAUGCAGAGAUUGCUAGCAUUACGCAGAAACAAGAAAACAGACAUGUCAAAGAAUCAGGAAAGAUACUCCGAAGGAAGGGAUUUUCAGAGUUCUUGGGCAAGCACAAGACAAACCUCAGCGUCGUUGUGGUCAGCUUUUUGACUGUAGUUCUCAGCGUAAAAUUGGUCCAAGGCACACACAAAUACGGGGAUCUGGAAAAGGAAGUAGAAUCCAGUCAGGCUCAGGCAGAAGAAAUGCGACAGCUACUGAGAUCCAUUGGUAGUCAGGAGUAUCUGGCACAACUUGCGAAUCGGUGUGCUCGGGAACUGAACGACAGCUACUCCCAGCCAGGAAGAGGGUGGGGUUCUACCAAGACAACCCAAUCCAUGGACAACAUGUCUUCCACAAUCACCAAUAUUCUAGCCCAAGAUAUUGGAGCCAAGAUUGGGGAUGCUGCCUUGACGGAGGACCAGCAAAGUGCCAAGCACAUUCAAGAAUUGAACUCCCAACCCAUCACGGGAGACGCCGCCAUUGAGAAAUUGAAUGCCCUCCAGACACCACAACCUGUCACCAAUACUCCUGAUGAUCAGCAGUGGGUCCAGGGAGACAAGAAUUCCAAAAAGAAGAGUGUCUUUGUUAUAUGAUAUGGUUGGAUGCAUGGUUGCGAGACGGUGUCGUCUUUAGCCAUGAGGACGUUGACCUGUGUGCUGUUGCCAGACGCAGCACUACACAUAGCUAGCAUAGGCCAGAGGCAUUGACUGAUUCUGGCACUUACCUACCGUAGUAUAGCUCUGUGUU